AUGAGGUCUACCUUCGCCCUUGCCCUCACCCAGACUGGGCUCCGGUUCCUGCUACUGCUGCUGCUGCUUCUGCCGCCGCUGUGGCCCACGGGUUGCUUGGGCAUUGGUGCAGAACCGGGGAUCCAGUCAAUGGCUGCCUCAGCCAACUCUGGCGCCCCCUGUACGCCGGGUGCCACCUGUCCCUUGGGUGGUGGUCGCUUCCCCCGGCAGGACAUCACCACCACCACCCGGCAGCCCACGACCCUGCAGUCCUCUACUUCUAAGGCCGACGACUUCCUUCCUAGAAGUUUAUUGGAUGGGUGUAGGCCAGCAGCUAGAGAGGUGGGAGAUCAGGCUGAGGGGAGGGAGGAGGGAGAGGGAUAUGGCUGGAAGGGCCCAUUCCUUAUCAAGCUCCUUUGGCUUUCCUCCUCAGCCUGUGGCUUCUCCUAUGAGCAGGACCCCACCCUCAGGGAUCCGGAAGCCAUGGCUCGGCGGUGGCCAUGGAUGGUCAGUGUGCGGGCCAAUGGCACACAUAUCUGUGCAGGCACCCUCAUUGCCUCCCGCUGGGUGCUGACCGUGGCCCACUGCAUGAUCCAGAGUAAUGUUACCUAUUCAGUGCGGGUGGGGAGUCCAUGGAUUGACCAGAUAUCAACGUCCACCGUUGACGUCCCGGCACAGCAGGUCAUCGUGAACAGCCAUUACCGGGCGCAUCGGUAUUGGACCUGGAUUGGCCGGGCCAAUGACAUUGCCCUCCUUAAGCUUGAGCAGCCACUCAAGUACAACAAGUAUGUCUGGCCCAUCUGCCUGCCUGGCUUGGACUAUGUGGCAGAGGACUACACCCUCUGCACUGUGACAGGCUGGGGACUCCCCAGGGUUGACGGUAUGUGGCCCCAGUCCCGGACCAUCCAGGAGAAAGAAGUCACCAUUGUGAACAGCACAGAGUGUGACAGCUUCUACCACAGGUUCUUCAAAAUCCCCUCUCUGAUUCAGAUCAUCAACUCCCAGAUGAUUUGUGCAAAGGACGUCAACAGGGAACAAUUCUGCUAUGAGAUAAGUGGUGAGCCCUUGGCCUGUCCUGUGGCGAGCAUAUGGUACCUGGUGGGCAUGGUGAGCUGGGGACCAGGCUGCAAGAAGAGUGAGGCCCCACCCAUCUACCUACACAUCUCCUCCUACGAGCGGUGGAUCUGGGAACACAUCAAUGGGCAGACUUUGCCAACCCCAUCCAGGGCUCUGCUCCUGGUACUCCCGCUGCACCUCAGCCUCCUUGCUACCCUCUGACACUUGUGCUGUCCCUGAGUGCAGCCUUCCUUGCCCAGGGCCCCCCUCAAACCUCUGUGCCCAGAACGCUAUAGGUGCAGCUCUCACAGCCCCACAAGGCAGGGCAGAGAGUAGGUGCUCAAUUAAACACUUCUUUUCCCAAUGCCUCCUCCUACUUGGCUGGGCCUGCUCCAGUGGGAGAUAAGAGAACCAGACGGGGCUGGGAUGGGUGACUCUGGGCAGUUUAUACUGAAAAGUGCAGAGCCCCAGGAUCUGCCUCCAGCCAAAAGUUCAGGGUGGCUCUUGUAGAAGGUGGAGGGAGUGCGUUGGGAU